AUGCUCUUUCUGCUCCUCUCCCUCCCAAUCCUCACAACAGCAGUCACAAUCCGCAACUACAACCACCCAAACUGCCAAGGCCGCUACGAACAGUGCAGCGACAUCAACGAGAAUGUCUGCUGUGACCGCGCUGCCGGACGACCCGGCCAAACUGAUACGAGCUUUGGGUCCAGCGCAUACAAUAGUCUCCCCGCCGCCGGGCUCGGCCUCUCGUGCCAGACACUCGGCCGGAGCCAGCACUGCGGGCAGGUUGUCGAUGCAUCCUGGGGCGACAGUGCGUGUGCCGGCCGGGGAGGGGAAUUGACGGGGUCGUUUUGGUUUACCUGUCAGGGGUGUCCGUUUCAACCAGCUGGGGGAAGUCAGAAUGGGACUAGGGGGCCUGUCGAGGGAGACUCAGAGGCUGUCUAUGUGUCCAUGGUGGAAGAGGGAGUGAGACGUGCUUGGGAACACGAGAUUGGUGCGGUGAAGCCUGAUGUGGUUGGUAUUGAUGGCCGUGCGUUCCGGGUAAAUUAUGGUGUGCCUGAGCAUGUUACGAAUGAGAUUUAUGCUGUUUUUGAAGAUAUGAGCCUGGGAUAUAAGAACUUCCCAGCCGAUGUGAUGGAAUUUGAGAUUUUGCCUAUGAGCGAUUAUGAAGUCGGUGUUCAAAGCACGGGGGGUUACUGCCACCGUCGCUGCGGUAAGUUAACGAUGGAUCGGAAUAACGUAGUUUGUUGUGAGAAACGCAAAGCCUUCACUCCCUCUAUGAAUGUAAACCAGUAUAAAUGA